UGCGCUUCUGCUUGGGCUGGGCUGCCGCGGAGGAGGCGACGAGGGGCUCGGCGCUGGGGGCCUGGCUCGGGCGGCAGCGGUGGCUGCUGCGGAUGGGAGCGGGCCGGCUCGGCAUGGCCAUGGAGCGCCACGGCAGAGCGGCCGACGCCUCCGCCUCGUCGGCGGGGGAGCCGGCGCCCGAAGGGCCUGAUGGGCGGCGGCGGGAGCUGCUGCGGCGCCGGGCGAGCAGCGCGUCGGAGCCCCCCGUCGGCGCCUCGGCCUCGGCGGAGGGCGUUCGGCGAAGCCGGCCUGGCUCCUACAGCGGCGCCCCCUCGGUCUCCCGCCAGCGCGUCGAAAGCCUUAGGAAGAAGCGGCAGCUUUUUCCAUGGUUUGGCUUGGAUAUUGGUGGAACCCUGGUCAAGCUGGUUUAUUUUGAACCCAAAGACAUCACUGCUGAAGAAGAGGAGGAAGAGGUGGAAAGUCUUAAAAGCAUUCGGAAGUACCUGACCUCCAAUGUGGCUUAUGGGUCCACAGGUAUUCGGGAUGUGCACCUGGAACUGAAGGACCUGACUCUGUGUGGACGCAAGGGCAAUCUGCACUUUAUACGCUUUCCCACUCAUGACAUGCCUGCUUUUAUUCAGAUGGGCAGAGAUAAAAACUUCUCAAGUCUCCACACUGUCUUUUGUGCCACUGGAGGUGGAGCAUACAAAUUUGAGCAGGAUUUUCUCACAGUUUACUAUUAAAAAAAAAAAACAAAAAAACAAAGAACUGGUCCACAGGAGUGGCAUUUUGGUCUUAGGGCUUGUUGGAAAUAGUU